AAUUGAGCCACUUGGUUUGUUUAAAGAUCAUGGUGAUCAUCCUAAAACUGGUUCAUUGAAGUUGAGAGUCACCUCCAAGCAAAUAACAAUUAAUAUCAGUAAAGAUGCACUUAUCCCUCCUCCACCUGCUGGCCACUCCUGGGAUGCAUCCAAUAGCUCACUUAAAGAUAGACUCGGUUCAGUUUUUCAACAUGCUAUGGCUACGUAUCUUAUUGACAGGCUUUCACUAAGAGCAGGAAAUGAAAAAACUGAUGAAGAAGCAGAUACUAUGA